AUGUCACUAACUGGUACAUUUCUACGAUCAUGCACGUGCCGAUUUCUAGCUGCAAAACCUGCAGCGGGACUUGGGUUGCCCCACGCGAUUGAUGGACAACAGAGGCGCACGAUAGUGACAAAAAAUAUGCUGGUUUUGCCUGACGAUCAUGCAGCGCGAGAACCUUGGCCUUAUCAAGAAAAAGGGUAUUCUUGGUUCCACGCAAUAUAUGAUCGAACGCAAAAGCGUUUUAAUACGAAUUCAAAACUUAUCACCGUUGAGGGGAAUAUUGGGUGCGAAAAGUCCUCAUUUGCCAAGGAGCUCGCUGAUCGACUUGGUUUCUAUUAUAUUCCCGAAUUUAAAAUGGAAAAAUUACUUAUUGACAGAUACGGCCAAGAUUUGCGUGAUUUCUACCAUCUGUUCCCUAAAAGAUUUCGAUUUUUUGAUGAUGAGAUGUUCUACAAGGAUCCAAUGUCAGAUAUGACAGCUGUAAUGCGCGAUUUCAUUUUCAAAUGUCGAUUUGAUGAACUAUUGAAUGCUGUGGCACACAUCUUGAAUACAGGCCAAGGAGUUGUGUUGGAAAAUUGUAUUUACAGUGACCUCGUUUAUGCUAAUGCGAUGCGGGCGAAAAACUAUAUUGGACCUGAAUAUUUCAAGCGUUAUUACUAUAUAAGAAAAAGAGCUCUGCCUCAGUUAUUCUUUUGGCCUCAUCUUGUAAUCUAUCUAGAUACACCAGUAAGCGUCUGCUUAGAAAACGUCAGGAAAGAAGGAAAUGUUAAUAAAGCUAAUACAAUUGAUGAAACAUACCUGCAGACAAUUGCUGAGUCAUACAAGGAUGUGCUUACGGAGGCCAAGAGGCAGUCAAAAAUUCUUGUUUACGAUUGGUCUAAGCCGGGAGAUGUUGACACGGUUAUUGAAGAUAUCGAAGCCAUUGAUUUUGACUUCUUUGAAUGGCACAGCGGUGACGUCUUUGAAACUUGGCAUACGCCGCAAGAUGAGAUGGCUUGGACAGAAAGAAGGAUUAAGGUUACUAACAAAUAUGCUGCCAGAGUCAUUACUUUUGACAAUAUACCCGUUCAUGAAGCAGGGGAACUGUACAUCAACCCGCGUGACGCUGCACAAUUUAUCAAUGUUAUGAUAACUCAGGUGCUGAAAAGUCGUUACGGUUAUGGAUAUAAUAAAGAGCGCGGCGACCCACCGAAAGGCUUUUGGGCAUUUCGUACUGGACACACGCGUCCGGAACCUUGGUACGAUUAUUACCUGCGCGAAGCCUGGCUCGACAACGCCUACUCUCACGAAACCCUUCUAUAUCCCGACGGAGAGACGUACGACCCAGACUACCUACACAGUCACUAG